CCCGCAACCAACAACUUCAACACCCAUUUCUCAGCUUCCCGCAUUUCCCCAGCAUUCCUCGACCACAACCACACGACACCACAACGCUCCACUUAGGCACGCGCAAUUACUAUCGCGACCGACGCUUCCACCUUGUCACCCGACUGACCUCGCCCUGUUGCGAUCCUACGGACCAAAGACGCCGCGUGGCGCAUCGCGGGGCUUCCUCGACGACACUGACACGGUUGCGCUUCCCAGCCAGCAGAUGCCAGUAUGGAGCCCAGACGGCGGCCAGAGUACAACAUCGACAUCUUCGCGGAUGCCGCCUGUGUCAAGGAUGUCGUAAAGGCCAUACUCCACACUAUAUUCUUCCAUCGAUACUUCACCUCCAUAUCUCCUCUUACCCGCGACCUGCUCGACCUUACACUCCCGGCCAUCGAUGAUGUCGAUCUCGAGACGCUCAUUGAGCAGAGGACCUUUGCGCUGGUUCGAGCGAUAGACAGCACACACCAGCCUAGGGGAAGAGCACAAAUCGCCGUGCAGUUCUUCGAAAAGAAGAGGAGAAAGACGUACUUCUUUAGCAAAGCAGACGAGGAUGUCUGUUGGGAGCAGUGGACGCUGGACGUCACGCUCGCCCAACCACGGACUGAAACUGACGUCCUCAAAGUCCGCCGUGCCAUGACCAAAUCCCUCGAGAAAGCUGCCCAUAAGAUCAUUUCCAUAGUGAACCGCGACAAAGACCAUAUACCACCCAUCACUACGACCGAUGCAAACCCUUUUCCUUACCAGAUCGUCGUCAAUCCGAAACCUGUGAGCGAGAACGACUGGCGACCUCGGAUCGGCCUCUUCUGAGAUCCUACAAUACCGUGAGCGCGGGUUUGACGCGAAUGUAUAUACCACUCAGACUACUUAAUACGAGGCCGUUCAACACCACCUGGAAAUAACGGAGGUUGCAUAAAGCAACCAAAAGAGACGGAAAAGUUCUGGUUUCGACUCCACGGUCGAUAACUUAGACCGACCGUGGCGUUUUGGGAUCUCCUAGUGUCCAUCCCCACCCCCAAGAAAAGCCCCUUGUACAGUGUCCGCUAUGUCGGGCAAAACAUAUACCUGG